CUUCAACAAACUCCACUCAAACUCAAUGGCAUCACCAACUUCAUUACUACCCAAAACCACUUCUCCAUUUCUCUCAUCCGCCUUUUCACUUCCCUCAACCCAUUUCACCAAACCUUCACUCUUUACCUCACCAGACCAUCUUUCCAAAAGAUCACCACCUCCUCCUCUUCCUAUUCAUAUUACUCAAGCAAAGAAGAAGAACCCUUGGCUUGAUCCUUUUGAUGAUGGAGAGGACCCUGACAUGGAGUAUGGCUCGUUGUUUGCAGAUGGCAAGCAAGAUGAAGAUCCUAGACCACCUGAUAAUCCUGACAACCCUUAUGGCUUCUUGAAGUUCCCAAUGGGAUUCAAUGUUGAAAUUGCUUCUUUGCCUUUGAAAAUCAGAGGUGAUGUUCGAAGAUGUUGCUGUGUUGUCUCUGGUGGUGUCUAUGAAAACUUGCUCUUCUUCCCUGCUAUUCAGUUGCUUAAGGACAGGUAUCCUGGAGUUCAGGUGGAUGUGAUUGCAUCAGCCAGAGGGAAACAGACUUAUGAGAUGAACAAGAAUGUGAGGUGGGCCGAUGUUUUUGAUCCUGAUGAUGAUUGGCCUGAUCCUGCUGAGUACACUGACUUUGUUGGAGUAAUCAAGAGUAGGUACUAUGACAUGAUGUUAUCGACCAAAUUGGCGGGACUUGGCCAUGCGGCAUUCUUGUUUAUGUCGACAGCUCGUGAUAGAGUAAGUUAUAUUUACCCGAAUGUAAAUGCAGCAGGAGCAGGCUUGCUUCUGUCUGAGACUUUUACUGCAGAGAGUAUGAAUCUUUCAGAAGGGGGCUACAACAUGUACCAGCAGAUGGUUGAUUGGCUGGGGAGACCAUUUCGCAGCGUGCCAAGGACGCCAGUACCCCCACUGAGAGUUUCACUUUCGAGGAAACUUAAGGAGGCUGUAGCAGAAAAAUAUAAGAAAGCAGGUGUGGAGAAAGGGAAAUAUGUUGUGAUUCAUGGAAUAGAGUCAGAUUCAAAGGCCUCAAUGCAAUCUAGAGGAGACACUGAUAGUUUGCUCCCACUUCAAAAGUGGGCUGAAAUAGCCGAGGGUAUAAGGGGAGUUACACCGCUUUUUGUAAUUCCACAUGAGAAAGAAAGGGAAAAUGUGGAAGAAGUUGUUGGAGAGGACACAAAUAUUGUGUUCAUCACCACCCCUGGACAGCUAGCUGCUCUCAUCAAUGAUUCAGCUGGUGUGAUAACUACAAAUACAGCAGCUAUUCAACUAGCAACUGCACGUGAAAAGCCAAGCAUUGCACUGUUUAGUUCUGAGCUGAAGGGAAGACUGUUUAUUCCAAAUGCAGAAGACAAGAAAUGCACUAUUGUUCCAUCUAAGACAGGAAAACUGGCAGAUGUUGAAGUUCAGGAUGUGAUAAAUGCAAUGCAAAUUUUUACUGAAUCUCUAGCUCUAGCCUGAACAAAAAAAUUGUUUUUCAUUUCAUUUAAUUUUGUUUUCUUUCUGCUUACUUUCAAAUGUAUAUUGAAAUUGAAAGUAUGAUAGUGAACUAGCACAUAUGCCUUCACCUAUAUAAGUUACUUUACAUGGAAAGGAGUACG